UGGGGGCUCUCCUAGUCUACCAGUCUUCCUUAGCCGAACACCGUGUCUGCGGUCUUUGCAGUCAUCGCCGUCCGCGCCGACCUAGCCAUGGGUCUAGAGCUGUACCUGGACCUGCUGUCCCAGCCCUGCCGCGCCGUCUACAUUUUCGCCAAGAAGAACAGCAUCCCCUUCCAGCUGCGCACGGUGUUUUUUCUUAAAGGGGAGACCUGCCACAAGGAGUUCUCACAGAUUAGCAACCUGCAGAAGGUGCCUGUGCUCAAAGAUGGUGACUUCGUCUUGACUGAAAGCUCAGCCAUCCUGAUUUACCUGAGUUGUAAGUACCAGGUAGCAGACCACUGGUACCCAUCUGACCUGCAGACCCGUUCCCGCAUCCAUGAGUAUCUGGGCUGGCAUGCAGACAACAUUCGUGGCACCUUUGGGGUAUCCCUGUGGAUCCGGGUAUUGGCGCCACAUAUUGGGACCCAGGUGCCUGAGGAGAAGGUGAAACGCAACAGGACCUAUAUGGACCAUGCUCUGCAGGAACUGGAAUCCAAGUUCCUGGGAGACAAGGCCUUCCUUGUGGGACAGCAGGUGACACUAGCUGAUCUCAUGUUGCUGGAGGAGCUGAUGCAGCCCGUGGCUGUUGGCCAUGACGUGUUUGUGGGAUGGCCAAAACUUGCAGCAUGGCGUGGACGAGUGGAAGCUUUCCUGGGUGCUGAGCUGUGGCAGGAGGCCCAUGACCCCAUCUUUAACAUUCUGGAACAAAUGGCCAAAAAAGCACUUCCAAUGCCUCCACCAGAGUUCCAAACACGUAUGCUGCUUCGUAUUUCUAAGAUUCCUUGAGUGGUCUGAUUAACAAUAAAGACUCAUUCUGUUUCUUGCCCCCUUUUUAUCUUUUUCA